CGGCAUCAGAUAGCUGUUGCUUGCAAUGCUUGCCGCCGCAGAAAGACAAAGUGCGAUGGCCAUCGUCCUGUCUGCUCGGUCUGCGUCACAAAGAACUCGGAAUGUACCUGGUCGGCGGAUCCAGAUGCCACGCCCAUGGUUGCCAUCAAGCGAAAGUACCAAAACCUGGAAGCCGAAUCGCGCGAUCUCCAAGACCUCGUCCAGAUGUUGAUGGAUCGUCCACGCCAAGAGGCAAUCUUCAUCCUCGACCACAUGCGUAGGACCCGAGACGCUUCCUCGACCCUUGCCUUUAUCAAGGACGGAGACCUGCUC